AUGCAGCCAUUCUUGUCUUUGAGCCUCUUUGAGAGUGUCUUCCGCCCGCCAGAGAGCUCGUGGAUGAUUGAGGACAACACCCUUCAGUUCACUCUCGCCAAGUCCUUGCCUGUGAGAACUCCUGACGUGCUCGUCCACCAACUUGCUGUCGUCUUCCCGGUCGCCCUGACUUGGAUACGACGAGCCAUGCAGGGUCGAGCAUGGCAUGCAGUCUUUCAAGGGCAUGAGAAUCUCAACGGAAGUCAAAUCAGAAUGAUCGAGUCCGACAUCCAUCUGGAGCAGCUAAGAACCAAGUAUCCUCAGCUACUCGUCAACGAGGUCACUCCCUCCUUUUCAUUGGCUUGA